AUGAGUCCAAAAAUUGCAAUAAUUAUAGGUCUUUUAAUAAGACUAGGAUUAAUUGCUUAUGCUGAGAUUUAGGAUAAAUAUUUCAAUCUCAAAUAUACAGAUAUAGAUUAUUCAGUAUCUUUAGAAUUAAUAUGUAGGUGUACUCUGAUGGAGCUUAAUAUGUAGUUGAUGGUGGUUCACCUUAUGAUAGACAUACUUAUAGAUAUUCACCUAUUUUAGCAUAUAUCUUAAUACCAAAUGUGUGGAUAUCAUCAUUUGGAAAGAUUCUCUUUAGUUUUGUAGAUAUGUUAGCAUGUGUGUUUAUGUAAAAGAUGGUAAAAUCUACAUUUUUAUUGAAUUUAUGGAUUUUUAAUCCUCUUAUAAUCUAAGUAUCAACUAGGGGAUCAUCUGAUACAAUAAUAGUGCUUUUAAUUUAUGUCAUGUUAUAUUUAUUGAAGAAAGAGAAGUAUACAUUGGCGGCACUUAUAUACGGAUUAAUGGUUCAUUUGCGUAUAUAUCCAAUAAUAUAUGCAAUUCCAUUAUAUUUCUUUAUAGAUUCUCAUCAACCAGAAAGAAUGUAAAAUAAAUGAUAUAUUAAGAUAUUUGGGUGUAUUUAGUAAGAAUAAAGUGAAAUUUGCAUUGAUUUCAGGUGGAUUAUUUAUUGGAUUAUUAAUAUUAUUCCAUUUAAUUUAUGAAGAUUUCCUAUUCUAAACAUAUCUAUAUCAUUUUACAAGGAAAGACAAUAGACAUAAUUUUUCUCCUUAUUUUUAUCAGAUAUAUUUAAGUUUUGAAUCAAUUACUAGAACUUAAGCUACAUUAACAUUUUUACCAUAAUUUUUAAUAGUUAUUUUAGCUGGUCUGAAAUAUUAUAGAGAUUUACCAUUUGCAAUGUUAAUAUAAACUCUUGGGUUUGUUGUAUUUAAUAAAGUUUAAACUGCAUAAUAUUUUGUAUGGUGGAUUGCAUUGAUUCCAUUAGCACUUCAAAAUAGUAAGAUGAAUAAUAAGGAAAUAUUGAUGUUAUCAAUAACUUGGUUAAUUUUAGAAGUGUAAUGGAAUUUUGGAUCUUAUUAUCUUGAAAUACAAGGGUAGGAUGUAUUUACAAUGAUUUUUAUUUAAUGUGUUAUAUUCUUUUUGGCAAAUACGUAUUUGAUGAUAAAAAUAAUUGAAAAUAGGAAGCCAAGUGAGUUUUAUAAGAUUAAAAUGGAUUGA